UUGUAAAUUAAUGCACAUGGAUCAUUUAACAUCGCUGUUUAGAUACAGAUAAACAUCAAUGGUUAUUUUAAGUCUCAACCAGUAAUUUGCAUAUGAAAACGAUAUACUUCAAUUGCGAAAUGAGAAUGCACUUGUUGUGAUAUGUUUAUGGACGCACUUUACAAAAAGUAAAAAGAAAGCAAUAGUGAGAUAUUGACUAAUUAAUAUACACUGAAUAAACUGAUCACAAUUUUUACUGCUUGGGACAAAUAAUGUCGAUAUAGAUAGAGGGUAUUUAAAUCAUUUGAGAGAUUCUGUACUUACGUUUACAUAUAUACGUCUUCUUGGUCGAGAGGAAUAACUAAGCAUUUAAUCGCGUGUUGCUUAUUUUUAGAACUUUGAAGAUCAAUAUGGCUGCCACACUUUAGAAUCUAACAGAAUAAAAAGAAAAAAUGAAAGGCUUUAAUUCUGUAGCUCAGUUACGGGAAUAUUUGUUUCUAAGUGGUGUUGCAUCUAUCAAUGAAUACAGACUGAAGAAGUACGGUAUUACGCACGUGUUGAAUACAGCAACUGAGCUAAAAGAUUUUCAAUAUCCCUCUGGUAUAACUAAUAUUUUGCGCGUUGAAAUGAAAGACAGUGCUUCAGAAAAUUUAUUGAAAUAUAUAGACGAGUGUAUUGACUAUAUUCACAUGGUUAGAAACAAUGGCGGGAAAGUACUCGUGCAUUGUAUUGCAGGCAUGAGUAGGUCAGUCAGUGUCUGCUUAGCAUAUCUUGUGAAAUAUGAUAGUAUGACUUUAAAGGAUGCAUAUGAUCAUGUGUUCAAUGAAAGACGUUUUAUUCACCCAAAUCAAGGAUUUUGGAAGAGUUUGAUAUCAUUUGAGGAAGAAAAGACUGGAAAGAACACAGUUGAAAUUCGUCCAUAUAUUUGUGGAUGGGAAAUUAAUGUUAUAGAAUAUGAGACAGAUUUAAGAAUAGUAAAUGGGUGGUUAGAAGAUUUGUUUAAAUUCUUGUUCACGCCGUUUUUGAUACUAGUUAUGCAAAUAGUAUGGACUGGAUUUUAUAGCUGAUAUAAAAUGAUAUAAAAUCACAUCAACAAAAUAUGAUAUACCAUUCCAUUGUAGCUAACUCUGACCGCAAGACAAUGUAGGAUUUUCCAAGACUUGCAACAAUCGUUGGUAAACGCAAAGGAAGCGUGAAAUUUAAAUGACUAAGGCAUGUAACACCACUUGAUGAGAUGACGUCUACUGAAAGUUCCAAAGUUGACUAGAUGAAGGAGUCGUUUGCAACACUAUUGUGCCAUUGCUAGAGACGUUUCCGAGAUAAUUCAAAUGUUUAGUUGAGACAUUUUUCUACCAAAUGUUGAGAAUAGGUAUUACAGGACUGUAUUUGACGGUCACAUAUGUUCGUUUCAUUGUCUCCAUACCGUCGCCACAUGCGACCGCAUUAUCCUUUAUUCACAUUUGUAAUUUGUCAAA